UGUUGCUUCCCCGUCAUGCGUCCCUGUCAGCCAAACACAGGCGACACAGGAGGCACGAGAAGCGGCAGUUUCCACGCAGGAUUUGCACCACAACCAUGAUGCUGGGCUUGAGAGUGGGGGCGGCAGCAGCAGCAACACGGUUCCUCGGAAGGCGCGUGGCGGCAAUUGCGACCCCCAGCGGUGCCACCAUGGCGAGUCACGGUCACGCUGACGUGAGCCAAACGGCGGACAUGUCCAAGCCGAUGUACUGUGACCGUGUGGACACCCCCCUGCCGGACAGGGCCUACAAGGAUGAGCUGAGUGCUGCUGACAAGAGCCUCAAGCAGAAGGAGAAAGGGCCCUGGAACCAACUGACCAAAGAGGAGAAGAUAGCCCUGUACCGCCUGAUGUUCCGUAAGACUUACCCAGAAAUGAAGCAGCCCACAGCGGAGUGGAAGACGGUCAUGGGGGGAGUCUUCAUAUUUUUGGGCAUGACCGGUCUGGUGGUCUGGUGGCAGUCCGUCUAUGUCUACCCACCGCAACCCCGGACGUUUGAUAGAGAGUGGCAGGCCAAACAAGUCCAGAGGAUGCUGGACAUGAAGGUGAGCCCAGUGGAAGGUUUCUCCUCCAAGUGGGACUAUGAGAAGGGCCAGUGGAAAUGAAGUACAUGAAGCAGAAGCACAACCUCAGUGUCUGCACCUUAUAACCAUACAAGAAUAAUAAAGUUUGAUCUCCGUCCAA